AUGUCGCCAGCCUCUCUUCCAUCGCACUCUCGUAAGACGUCGACUGCUUCCACCAUCAACUUCCAGCAUCAGCUCGGCAUCGACGAGGAAGAUCUGUCAACCAAACCUCGCUGCCAGAGAUGCCGCAAGAGUAAGAAGGGUUGCGAUCGUCAGCGACCUUGUGGACGCUGCAAGGAUGCCGGUAUUGGCAUUGAGGGCUGUGUCAGCGAAGACGAGGGCAACGGUCGCAAAGGACGCUAUGGCCGUCACAUGGGUGUACCGGUCAAGAAGUCCGACCUCGGUUACGACACUUACGAUACUGUACCCAUCACCGCUGCUGGCGGUACUGGUGAGUUCCUCGCACCUGCCCUUCCUGACAAGAACAAGAAGAGGAAGCGUUGA